AUGAAGUCUGGUUGUUCGAGUCAAACUUUCACGAAUGUUGAAGAUAAAUUACAUCGUGAUAUAAAACAUUUACAAGAACAACUUCAAUCAACUAAUCAAACAUCAAUAACAGAACAGCAAAUCAAUGAAUUUCAACAAACAAUUCGAUUAAAAAUAAUCAAAAAGAUGAAAUUAUUAACUGAAAAAGACGAAAUUAUUGUCGAAAGUCAAACGGAUCUUAAUUAUCCAAAAGAUCAACUAGAUCAAAAUCGAUUAAUUGAACUUCAACAAAAAUUUAAUAGUAUUGUAAUUAGCAUCAAUAAUGCAAAUGAUGAUGAUUAUAUUCAUUUAAAUCAACAACAACAUGAACAACUUCAAAAACGUUAUCAAGAGAAAGAUAUUUAUUUUGAGCAAUUAACACAAGAUCGAGUCUAUUUACAAAAUAAAUUGUCAUAA